UUACCCAAACGUUUAUCGAGAAUUAUGCCCGUCAGAACCCCGUCGAUCGAUUUUGCCUCAUGGAAAAUUUAGAAUGGAAGAAACGCUUGAAGCGACUGUUGGAGGGACAAACGACAAGGGGUUUGGUUACCUAGUAGUUUUACAGACAAAUUUCCAAGCAGCGAGGGUUGAGAUAUAAACGCUCUGAUCCAACAGCAAUACAGCCUGGACGAAAUCAAAGUCCCUCCGUAACGAGUACCUUUGUCUUGCGCCAAGAGUCACAAGGCAGCUUUUUAUUCCAGCCUUGGAUGGCGUCAUUUUGCAUUUCUCCAAUCUAUUCUCCAGACCAGAAUUGUCGAGAGUUAAGUAAGUCUUUCUCGUAGGAGGUUUCGCUGACUCGGCAAUUCUUCAGGAAAUGAUCAAGAAUCAUUUUGGUAGCCCUUACCGCAUUUUAUUGCCGCGCAACGCUACUAUGGCAGUUGUUCAAGGAGCAGUGAUGUUUGGGCAGAAACCUGACCUGCUUGAGUCUCGAAUAAUGACUUUGACCUACGGCAUCCGUGUACACAAGUGGAUUUUAGAUGGGCUGCAUCCGGAAUCGAAGAAAAAAGUCAUAGCAGGAAUCCCACGCUGUAAAGAUGUCUUCCUCAAAUUCGUCAAAGUCAAUGAAGUCGUUAAAGUCGGGGAAAAGCGUAGAUUCCCCAGCUUUGCUUGUUUAACAGGCGAACAAAGACACGGAAAAACUGGUUCUUUCCGAUCAGGACGUUCAGAUUUGGAGUCUGUCACCGAUUCUGAUGUGGAAAAGACUCCUGGUCGAGGAUUGGUACUUGAGAUACCAGAAGCUUGGAAAACCAGGGACAUUGAAAUAAAUUUGUACUUUGGUGGAACAGAAAUAAAGGUGCGCGUGGUAAAUCUUACGAGUAGCACACAGUCUACAGCCUAUCUAAACUUUUUAGCUACCAAUUAGUGCAUUGCUGAGUUCUGCAGUUGAAUGCAGCUCAGUGGAACAAUAAGGUAAACAUGUACGUCAUGUUGGUGUUAGUGGGUUUUUGUUUUGACAAAGGAGGGAAACGUCUCGAAAUUUAUCCAUUUCAUAAAGACAACAACAACGCACACGUUCAUUUUUCUUUAGUUUACAGAGGAAAAAAUAUACAAUAUACAAAUACAGAAAAGA